GCGCCGCUCGGAGAGGAUCCGAGUAGAUCGGCAGCGCGAGAGCAGCCCCUUGGAGUGUGUGAACGGAGUGUGUGAGCGGAGUGUGUGCAUGUUCUCCACCCGGGACCUCUGGCAGGACUCCUCCCAGACAGCAUGGAAGAUCCCCAAUGACUGAUUGUCCUAACUGGUGGGGUGCACCUGGAAGAGCAGGCUGACCAGGAAACGCAACCAACAUGGCUGCCCACCGAAUUAGGGUGACAAAUAAUAACAAUGUGCUCCCUCGCUGCAAGUCGGAGGGGACGCUCAUGGACCUCAGCGAGGGACUAUCCGAGGCUAGCCUCACAGAUGUCAAAGUGCCUUCUCCUAGUGCCUUAAGACUGGAUACUACAGCCUCCUUUGGGAAUGCCAGGGAAGUUGUUGCCAUCAAAGACUACUGUCCUUCAAGUUUUACCACCUUGAAGUUCUCCAAGGGGGACCAUCUCUACGUGCUGGACACGUCGGGUGGAGAAUGGUGGUACGCCCACAAUAACAAGGAGAUGGGUUAUAUCCCUGCAGCAUAUGUCCAACCAGUCAGCUACCGGAACUCUUGUCUCAGCGAUAGUGGGAUGGUCGACAAUCUUGGGGAAUGCUCUGAAGAGGGGGCUGGAGAGUUGGACCUCCUUGGGGACUGGAACGGAGUCACCCUGAGGCCUAACUUACCCAGCAGCAACAACCCUUUCACCACCCGCCGCUCCACUAAUCCCUUCCUCACUGGUGCUACGCAGGACACGCUUGACCAGAACAGCAACGAGAAGGUUGCACGCAAUACUGUGGAUCUACUACUUUUUGACACACUGGCACCCUCUGUCUCCAGUCCUUCCAUAAACAAUGGUGCCGCCAUCAACGGCUUUGGCAGCAGUGUUUUUGACCUGACGCCUGUUAACUCCAGCCAAGAUGUCAUGCAGAACUUGCGCAGGGAAAAUCCAUUCUUCAGGAGUAAGCGAUCCUAUAGUCUCUCAGAGCUGUCCAUCCUGCAGGCCCAGACAAGUGCUCCAGAUGCAUCUUCUAGCUUUUUCACCGGUUUAAAAUCUCCAACUCCAGAGCAGUUUCAGAGCAGGGAGGACUUCAGGACUGCAUGGCUCAACCACAGGAAGCUAGCUAGAUCAUGCCAUGACCUUGACUCCCUUGGGCAAAAUCCAGGCUGGGGCCAGACUCAGCCAGUGGAGACAAACAUUGUGUGCAAACUGGACAGCUCUGGUGGGGCUGUACAGCUGCCGGACACCAGCAUCAGUAUUCAUAUCCCUGAGGGACACGUGGCUCCAGGGGACACCCAGCAGAUCUCGCUGAAAGCCUUGCUUGAUCCACCUCUGGAGCUCAACAAUGACAGGUGUUCCACAGUGAGUCCAGUGGUGGAGAUCAAGCUGAGCAACAUGGAGGUGAAGACAUUCAUUACUCUGGAGCUGAAGGUUUCUGUCGUGGUGAAAAAGGACAGUAGGCAGAUAGCGGAAGUCGUGUGCGUCCGUAGUGACUGUAAGGAGGGUCCUUAUGCCCCUACUCCACAGGCGUAUAUGUACGGGGACACUGUUCAAGUCCGACUGGACAACCUGGAACCCUGCAUGUACGUAGCUGUGGUGGUGCAAGCCCAGAACAUCUCCCUCAAUCUGACAGUCUGGGACCACGUUGUGAAGAAGGUCACCCUGGGUGUCUAUGGACCCAAGCAUAUCCAUCCCUCCUUCAAGGCUGUAGUUGCCAUUUUUGGGCAUGACUGUGCUCCCAAGACCCUUUUGGUCAGUGAGGUGGGGAAGCAGGUCCACACCGCACCUCCAGUAGCCCUACAGCUCUGGGGAAAACAUCAGUUUGUCCUGGCCAAGCCGCAAGACCUGCAGGUCGGCGUCUAUUCCAACAUGUCAAACUAUGAGGUCAAGGUCAGCGAGCAGGCCCGCAUCGUCCGAGGCUUCCAGCUCAAGCUCGGCAAGGUGAGCCGCCUCAUUUAUAUGAUCACUUCACGCAGCGAGGACAUCUCAGACUUCACGCUGCGGGUCCAGGUGAAAGACUUCCAGGACUGCAUCCUGGGUCAGUUCUGUGUCCAGACACCGCAGCCUCCUCCCAAAACCGGAGUGAGGACAACGGGCCAGCGGAGAUUCCUGAAAAAGAAAGAAGUGGGUAAGAUCAUCCUGUCUCCUCUGGCCAUCACCACCAAAUACCCUGCCUUUCAGGAGCGCUGUGUCACCAACUUGAAGUUUGGCAAAUUGCUCAAAACGGUGAUCAGGCAAAAUAAGAACCAGUACCUUCUGGAAUAUAAGAAGGGGGACAUGAUUGCACUGCUGAGUGAAGAGAAGGUAAAGCUGAAAGGACAACUGUGGACCAAAGAGUGGUAUAUUGGGUAUUACCAGGGCAAAACUGGCCUUGUCCACGCAAAAAACGUGCUUAUCGUGGGCAAGGUCAAGCCAAUUUAUUUCUGUGGCCCAGACCUCACCACCACCAUGCUGCUGGAUCAAAUCCUAAAGCCUUGCAAGUUCCUCACCUACAUCUACGCCUCGGUGAGGACAACGCUAAUGGAGAACAUCGGGAACUGGAGGGCAUUCGCCGACGCCCUAGGCUACAACAACUUGCCUUUGACGUACUUCUGCCGGGGUGAGCUGGACAGCGAGCCGGAGAGGGUGGCCUGCGUCCUCGAGAGGCUGAAGGAGGACUGCAACAACACAGAGAGCAAAGAGAAGAAGUCCUUCCAGAAGGAGCUCAUGACAGCGCUGCUGAAGAUGGACUGCCAGGGUCUCGUGGCUCGGCUUGUGAUGGACUUCGCCCUGCUGACCACAGCUGUGGAGCUGGCUGGCCGCUGGAGGGAGCUGGCUGAGAAGUUGGCCCGCGUUUCCCGGCAGCAGAUGGACGCGUACGAAGCGCCGCACCGCGACAAGAACGGAGUGUUGGACAGCGAGGCCAUGUGGAAGCCGGCCUACGACUUCUUGCUGACGUGGGCGGCCCAGAUCGGGGACAGCUACAGGGACGUGAUCCAGGAGCUGCACCUGGGGCUGGACAAGAUGAAGAACCCCAUCACCAAGCGCUGGAAGCACCUGACGGGCACGCUUAUCCUAGUCAACUGUCUGGACACGCUGCGGAGCUCCGCCUUUAGCCCUGCCCCCCACAAUGACUUUGCCAUCUGAAGCCCCACCCCCUUGCGGGUGAUUAUGCCAUUUUAGCCUCCCUUCCUUCACUUGUUUUUCACCCCAAAUCCAUCCCAAGCUGCCAGUGGACUUGCCUGUGGUCACAGGUACUUGUGUUUCCAUUGCAGCCAAAUCACGCAUGUCAUCACAGUAUUGUUGUAUCUAAAGGAUAUUUUUCUUGCCGUUCUUCACAAUAUAUAUUUUUUUACUCUUAAAAUGGCACAGCAGCAAUUUUGUAGAAGCGUUUUGACACUUUAUAACACUGAUAUCACUGACUGAAUGGUAAUUGCAAAAAAACUUAGAAUUCAACAGAACACUUCAUGUAGUCCUGUCGCGUGUCUUAGGAGGUAAAGAUAUGUGUAUAUUUGUAAGCAUUAAAAAUCCUGUUGCCAA